AUGGCGCCCUCCCCAGCUGUCACCAACGAGAUCUUAAGGCAGGCUGUUUACUACCACCUCGACAACAUCUCACCUAAUAAUGCUCUCUUCUUCGCUGAGAGGCUAUGCGCCCAGGACAAGGAGAAGCAAACAGAGGCUACCUUUCUCCACGCACUCUGCCAUCUACGGCUCGGAGAUGACCGCUCCGCGUAUGAGGCAUGCUUGCGGAUGGAGCUGUGGAAAGAAGGCAUCACAGCGCUGGAAAGCUGUCUCUUGGGGAAGCUCCAUCGAGGUUAUGACGACAAGGACAGGGCAAUAGCUUGCUUUGAGGAUGCCCUGAAGGCGAACCCUCUGAUGUGGGAUGCUUUUACCUCAUUAUGCGACAUGGGCGUGACAGUCCGGGUUCCCAACAUCUUCAAGCUCAACGACACCCUUGUCAAGAAUUUCGACCAGGUGCCAAAUGGUCCAGGGGCCGACGUGAAGGAGCCUCCGUCGAAUACACUUGAACCUCUCCACGUUCCGAAGAAGUCGUCACGCGUAGUCACGCAUGACGCUGCGGACCCCUUUGAGCCACAGCGCUCAACAGCGUUCCAGGACAUUCCAUCAUUCAGCAAUCUUCAGGCCCCCGACACAGAUGCUAAUGAAUUCAUGUCCAAGAUUGUUGCGGCAAGGUCGCGGCUGGGGCCUGGGGCCGCCCCUUCGAUAAACCAUGGCGAUAUGGAAACGCCGACCAAUCACAGGUCCAAUGUUGAUACACAUCAAGCACGGGUACCGACGAAUCUGGAGCCGCCCCAGGCGCCACUCCGAAGAAACAGGGCGCACGCCGGGGACACGGGACCGGAAGCACCGCCACGCGGUGGCUACAAGCUGAUGUCCAAGAGGAGAGACAGGGCCCAGGAGACGGAACCAUCCUCCGACGCUGCAGCAUCACUACUCAAACCGACAAUCAAUGCGGAUAGAAAGCGGACCGUGUCUGGACAGCCGGUACAUUCAAGGCCCAUGCAUGGGGAGGAAGCUCCUCAGCGACGUAGUGCGAGAUUGAAUAUGUUCAAGCAGUCAGGUUCAAAAGCCAAUUCCGGUGCAUCUACAAUUGGUCCAUCCAAUGGUCGAGAGCUGAAGAGGGCUAGAGCACCCAUUUCGCGCCUCGUUAGACCAAAUCCAAAUCCAGCAGUCGGUCGUGUGGUUAGUGGGAACAGACGUGGAACUGAGGACACGAACAUGGAUGUUGAUCAUGCGGAAGGCCCGGCGCCGAAGGAGCCUCUGGCAGCGCAACGCCUUGCCCAGAAGCCCUUGGACCCAGAACCUAGAUCUGAAGAGGCGCUGAAGUUCAUCUUGGAUCUUCUGAGGAGGUUCGCUUAUGGCUACCAGCAGCUCUCGCAGUUCAACUGCCAGGAAUCGCUACAGUCGUUUGCCUCGCUUCCUCGUGCCCACCAGGAUACCGCAUGGGUACUGGCACACAUGGGGCGAGCUCAGUACGAACAAGCAGCUUAUCCUGAAGCUGAGAGGCUUUUCAGACGUCUGAGGAUAAUAUCCCCAACUCGUCUUCAAGACAUGGAGGUUUACUCGACGAUUCUCUGGCACCUGAAACGAGAAACGGAUUUGUCGUUCCUCGCGCACGAGCUGGUAGACUCAGCGUGGCUGGCCCCAGAGUCGUGGUGUGCCCUCGGCAAUGCGUGGUCACUAGCAAAGGACCAUGAACAGGCGUUGAAGUGCUUCAAACGAGCGACCCAGCUCGACCCGAAAUUUGCUUAUGCCUACACACUCCAAGGCCACGAGCACAUGGCCAACGAAGAGUAUGACAAGGCCCUAACAGCAUUCAGGCAGUCGAUCUCGGCGGACCGGCGCCAUUACAAUGCCUACUACGGCAUCGGCAUGGUAUACGAGAAGCUCGGUAACUACGACAAGGCCUACACCCACUUCCACUCGGCGCACGUGAUACACCCCACAAACGCAGUCCUCAUCUGCUGCAUUGGCACGGUGCUCGAGAAGCAGAAGCACGUCCUGCAGGCGCUGCAGUUCUUCAACAAGGCGACCGAGCUAGCGCCCAGGGCCGCCCAGGCGCGGUUCAGAAAAGCCCGCGCGCUGCUAGCCGUGGGGAACCUGGCGGCAGCGCACAAGGAGCUCCUGGUGUUGAAGGACCUCGCGCCGGACGACGCGCGCGUGCACUUCCUCCUGGGGAAGCUGUAUAAGGCGCAGAACGACAAGAGCCAGGCCGUGCGUCACUUCACCCAGGCGCUGAGCCUGGACCCCAAGGCAAGCCAGCAGAUCAAGGAGGCGAUAGAGAGUCUUGAGGAGGACGACGGUCUCGACGACUCUAUGAUUCAGUGA